CUUCUUACUAAAAUCAGCUUGGUGAAAAUAUCUUCAUUUCAACAUUGUAGCCAAACGACUAUGUCGAUUUAUGGGCCUUUCUUUGAGUAGUAGCAGUGCGGUUGGCGGGAUGGAGGCCAUUAGACCGUAUUAGGUACACCUACUGGGAUAGUGUUACCAGAUCUUUAAGAGAAAUAGAUGGGAUUGUUGACCUCUCUCUGCUCGGCUGGUCAGCGAUCCGAGUUGGUUUGACUACUAUUAUGGUAUACUCACGCGUCCACGAGAUGAUUGCUGUAAAAAUAGGGGUAAGAGAGAAUUGUUGAGGUUGGUGAGGAAGAGGAUGAGGUUACUGAGGAGGAUGCUGAUGGGCCAGUUUGCUACCAUAUCCACCAGGAGGACACAACCAUCCCGGAACGGUUCAGGUCACGCAUAUUUUGGUCUGCAGUUCUUACAGAAUAUGUGGUCGAUUUGGAAUGGCUUGAUUUCAGUACGGUCUACAUCAUGGACACCGGUGAGCGACUGAGUUGGAGACAACUUUGUGACCACGUUAGGGUUACCCCUACUUAGGAACAGGUUUUAAAUGAAGUUCGUUGCGUGGUGGUUGUACCUUCCUGAUGGAUAGUGUAAUCUGUCAAAUUUCAUACAGGAGUUCUGAAUUUCUCUUCUCAUGCACAAUAUCAAGCCAUGAAUGCUUAUCUUGAUUGAUUGCAAUUCAUCCAUUUUUUAUAGACACACUCUUUAGAAAACACUUCUUGUAUCUACUUGCCACUUGUAUUCUUUACCAUUGAAUAUCGUCAUAUCAUCUCACUACGUGACAUCAUAUGAUAUUAUGUAUGCACCCAAAACUAACCAAAAAAAGUAUAGUGUAUGGUCAAUGACUUAUACAAUCACCAUUAACCUUAAUUUAUAAAAACUAAAACCUAAACUCUAAACCCUGCUCAAUCACCAAAACCAAAUACAUGGUACGCGGUGCACAUCGAUAGGGCCGUGUGCCUCCAUCUGCACCCAAUUUCACUUGUCGAUUCUCUUUAUUUAGAUUGCAUUAGAAUAUCACCAAAUGAAAAGAAAAAAAAUAUUCAUUGCAGAGUUCUUCAAUGAGCAAGCAUCGAGUUCUUCAAUUUAGGUUUUUCGAAGCCUUGUUGUAAGUGUCUAAGUGCUCCGCUACUUACAAAGCAUGUGUACAUGCUCAAGUUUCAUUUGUUAUAUCCAAAUGACAAGGUAACGUGUGUGGCAAAUAAUUAAGCAUUUCAUCCCAGCAUGACUUGUUAUUUACCUUUUAUCCGAUACUUAUCAAUUGAUUCAUGAAAAAACAUUGACCACACAAGAACCUGUUCGCCGCCCUAUAUGUUGUGUAUGCAUAUUUCUGCAAACUAAUUUUUUGGUUUGGUUUGCUCUUGAUCAACCAAUUUGCUACAAAAAAUGAUGGUCCGCAAAGAAAGGCAAAUUCAGUCAUAUUAUAGUCAAUCUCAGAGACCAGUUUUUAUCAAUUUUAAAUCUCAUAUACCAAAGUGAGAAAUUAUGCUAAUCUUAUGAGCUAUUUUGGCUAAAAAGCCAAAAUAUUAUUAAUUAACAACUCAUUCUCUAAUGUGCAACGAGAUUAGAAAACCAAGAAUCCACUAAGAUAUAUGGAAAAUCUGCAAGAGAAACGACAUGAAUCAUGUUAGUCCAUUCCAUCACUCAUUUAAAACAUGUCAUUGGUUACAAGCAGCAUACACCAAAUAUCUUUUUUCUGUCUCAAUUUCGUCAUCAAAUCAAUUAAAUGUUGGCUAGACAUUCAAAGCAUUAAGAACAAUAACAAAAACUCACAUGAAAUAACAUUAAGAAAUUAAUAGAUCUAUAAAUUUGGAGUAUUCAUGGCUAGGCUAUAUCUUAGUCCUAGCAAAAGAAAUUUAAUGCAUAACAACAAUCAAAUCAUAAAAGACAUGAUGAAUACUGUCAUAGAAUAAACUCGGACAUGUACAGACAACUUGAUCCCCCCUCUCUUCACCCUCUAUUUUUUUUAUAAGGAGUUAGGGGGUGGUGUGUGUACUGGGUGAGUAUACUUAUAAAGAUUACUCCAAAAGCCUUAGAGCUCGUUUGGCACACAUGAUUGAAUUGAUAUGGAGAAUUUUCAAAUUUAAAGUUAUAUUAAAGGCAAAAGUGGAUGGUUUUUCAUUUGGAGAGAAUUAGUUAUGAAAGAAAUUCAGCCCUUCUAAUCCUACCAUUUUAAAGAGUAUUCGAAUGGAUAAGUAUUCUUUAUGAGUUAAUCAACCUCUAGGUGAUCAUAAUUUUAUAAUUUCUUCUCCAAUAUAUCCUUAAUUUAUCUAUUCCAAUACAAUCAUGCAUACCAAAUGAGUGGAUUUGGACAAGAAUCUCAAAGAAAUGCACGAUAUGUAUUUGUCAAAUCUCGAAGAAAUGCACAUAUGUAUUUGUCAGAAUGAUUAUGUUGAAAGCACUUAUUGGUUUCUAAUGAGUUAUUAUAUGUUAUGUUAUUGAGGGACGAAGUUGAACUCUUGUGCAAGUUGGACUGGAAUGUACCUAUUCGAUCUCGAAAAUUUCUGUUCUAAGCCCGAACAUUUCCGAUUUCGAAAUUUUGAAUGGCAAUUGGAAUGAACUUAUCAAAUCCGAAAUUUCGAUUCGAAAUUCUCAAACUCAGUACUUAAAAAAAACCUAUGCAUAAUUCAAUAUUGUUAUACUUAGAUAUGCUUUUUUUUUUCUUGAACAUUAUAUUUAGAUAUGCUUUAUUUCGCCUAUUGUAUGUUCAAUCAUACUAUUAUAUAUUAAAAUAUAGAGUAUAAUCAUAAAUAUUAUAUCUUGUAUAUGAUUUAUGUCAUACACACACUUAAUAGCUACAAAUAUCACCAAAAUUCAAAACAAAAUUAUUGAAUGAUGGAUACAUAAAAAUUUGAAAAAAUUUUACAAGAUUCUAAAAAUCUGUAAAAUGUAGAAGGCGUGAAUUAUGUUCCGAAAAUUCCCAGAAAAAUCAAUUUCAAAAUUCCAAUAAUUCAAAAUUCCGAAAUUUGAUUCCAAAACUUUUUUAAAUUAGCAUUAGAAUGCUUAUUUCCGAUCUGAUCAAACUGAAAAAUGACCCCUACGUGUAACCGUAUCCAAAUAGUGGAGUGGAUUUUUAUUUUUGGAAGAAGGUACUCAUGAGCAUGGUAUUUUAUGACAAAAAAGCUAAUGGCAUCGGUUAAAAAGAUAAAUAGUGCACGUUUAGUAAAUCCAUAUAACUUAAUUAACAAGUUUAUAAUUUUUGAGCAAAUCAAUCAAUUCUAAGCUUAGUCGAAUUGUAGAGAGGAAUUUUGAAUUUCUUUUCUCAUGCACAAUAUCAAGCCAUGAAUGCUUAUCUUGAUUGAUUUGCGACUGUUCCGUUUUUGAUAAGGACAUAAAUAGCCGCUUGCCGCUUUGGCAUGCAUAUUGUUAAGUGGCUGCCUAAGUUAUCCACAUUAUUGGCAUUUUCCACUUUUAGAAAACAAUUCUUGUAUGUACUUGCCAUUUGCAUUCUUUACCAUUGAAUAUUUUCAUAGCAUCUCAUCAUAUUGAAUUAAUCGACACACUACGUAACAUACAUUCACCAAAAUUUAUACAAACUAAAACCUAAACUCUAAACCCCACUAAGUCACCAAAAAACCAAAUACAGGGUACGCCAUGCACAUUGAUAGGGCCAUGUGUCUCGAUCUGCACCCAAUUUAUAUUGUAUUAUAAUAUCGUCAAAUGAAAAAAAAUAUGUUAUUCGUUGUAGAGUUCUUCAAUGAGUAAUGUGUGAACAUUGAGUUCUUCAAUUUAGGUUUUCUGAAUUCUUUUCGUAAGUGUGAGACUAAGUGCUCAACAACUUACAAAAUACGAUUACAUGAUCAAAUUUCAUUUGUUAUCUCCAAAUGACAAGGUAACAUGUGUGGCAAAUAAUAAGCGUUUUAUCUCACCAUGAUUUAUUAUUUACCUUUCAUCCGAUACCUAUCAAUUGAUUCAUGGAAAAACAUUGACCACACAACAACCUGUUCGUUGCCCUAUAUGUUAUGUAUGCAUAUUUCUGCAAACUAAUAUUUUUGGUUUGGUUUGGUUUGCUCUUGAUCAACCAAUUUGCUACAAAAAAUGACUGUCCGCAAAGAAAGGCAAAUUCAGUCAUAUUAUUGUCAAGUUAGGUACCGUACAAAUUGGGAUUUAUAAACUGAACAUCCAAAAACCUAGCCAGUAUCUCCCUCCCUCCCUCCCUCCCUCCCUCCCCCUUUUCUCAUUUCAUAGUUCUUAGCAUUAAUGGAAGACCAGGGUCAUACUAAUACCAAUCGUCAAAAACGUCCUCACGCUAUCUUCAUCGCCUACCCUCUCCAAGGCCACGUAAUCCCAUCCGUCCAUCUAGCUAUCAAGCUUGCAUCACAUGGCUUCAAGAUCACCUUCAUCAACACCCACUUCAUCCAACACCAUACCUCCAAAGCGCAACCAAAAUCCGCCGGGAACCCUUUCGCCUAUUUACAUGAAUCUGGCCUCAACAUAGACUACACCACCGUCUCUGAUGGCCUACCCGUUGAGUUUGACCGGUCGCUUAAUCAUGACCAGUUCAUGGCUUCUUUGUUGCAUGUGUUUUCGGCCCACGUAGAGGAGGUGGUGGGAAAGGUUGUGAAGUCUUCGGCUGACACCACACCGGUCACUUGUAUAAUUGCUGACACGUUUUUCGUGUGGCCCUCGAAGAUUGCCAGGAAGUUUGGGAUUAUUUACGUUUCAUUUUGGACAGAACCUGCUUUGGUUUUUUCACUGUAUUAUCAUCUCGAUCUUCUUCGAAGGCAUGGCCAUUUUGCAUGUCAAGAUGUGCGAGAGGACACCAUAGAUUACAUACCAGGAGUGCGAGCAAUUGAUCCCAAAGACAUGAUGUCAUAUCUUCAGGACACUGAUACAACGUCUGUGUGCCACCAAAUCAUUUUCAAUGCCUUCAAGGACGCCAGAGGUGCACAUUUUCAUUUGUGCAACACAGUGCAGGAGAUUGAAUCCGAGACCAUAUCAGCCUUGCAAGCCAAGAUGAAGUUCUAUGCCAUUGGACCCAUUUUUCCAACCACAUUCAGCAAGAACAUUGUGGCUACGAGCCUGUGGUCCGAGUCAGACUGCACCCAGUGGCUCAACACCAAGCCCCAUGGCUCGGUUUUGUAUGUCUCAUUUGGUAGCUAUGCUCAUGUUGCAAAGAAAGACCUUAUAGAGAUUGCUAACGGGCUUAAGCUUAGCAAAGUGAACUUUGUUUGGGUGCUUCGGCCGGAUAUCGUCAGCUCAAACGACACCGACCCGUUACCCUCGGGCUUUCGAGAUGACGUCAAGGAUCGGAGCAUUGUCAUACCGUGGUGCUCGCAAAAGGCGGUCUUGGCCCACCCGGCCAUCGGAGGGUUUUUGACACAUUGUGGAUGGAACUCAACAUUGGAGAGUAUUUGGUGUGGUGUCCCAUUGUUGUGUUUCCCUUUGCUUACUGAUCAGUUCACUAACAGAAAAUUAAUAGUUGACGAUUGGAAGGUCGGGAUCAAUUUAUGCAAUCGGAGGGUGGUCAGCAAGGAGGAAGUGUCGGAGAAAAUCAACCGUCUGAUGGAUGGAAAAUCAGGGGAUGAGUAUAGGAGAGCAGUUGUCAAGGUUAAGAACACAUUGGAGGAUGCAUUGACACCCAAUGGAUCAUCAGAGAAAAACAUGGACAAUUUCAUCAAGGAUCUAAAGGCCCAGAUGUGAGAACCCCAAAAGAUGAAAUAUUUUUCCUUCCAAGUGGUACAUAAUUUUCUUUAAUAAAUAUUUGUUGUAUACACUCAUAUGUACAAAAGACGUUCUCAUGAUCCUUGCAAACCAAGGAUAAGACUGUGUACUAUAAAUGUUCUUUUCCGAUCUUCGCAAAGCAAAGCAAGGAGCCUAGUUGGCUUGAGGCUGACCUUUUAUAUUCAUGUCAUUGUUUAUAGUGGACUUUGUGAUGUACGAAGUUGAAUGAAUAGAGGAUGUAACAUGAAGUGUUGUCAACAAUCACCAUGGCGUGGAGUGAUGUCACGUGCCUCUCCUGCUUUGAUUCAAGCAUUAUUUUAACCUAAUGUAAACUACACGAAGAGAGAUUCGAAUUUUAGUGCAAAUGGGAGAGACUACAUUGCUCUAGACAACUUGACUACUCCCAUCUGCAAACAAUGAGAUUACUCUCCCCUCACUCGUAGGUACCGAACUUUUCCGAUGGCAAUGAAAAUCAGGCACAAAUGCAGAUCUCAGCUCUGUAAGAAUUCAAAAUAACGAGUUGGGAACAAAAAAACAAUCAGCAAAAGCUCUCUAAAACAUGCAUUUUCUCAUUCAUAGACGAUAAAGGUUUACAAAAGCAAAAUUGCACAUGCCAAGAACUACUUGAAGUUACAAAAAUACGAUGGCUGAGAUACAACACUCAUGGCAGGUAGCAACUUCAUUCAUCUUGCAUUGUUUCUAUCCUGAUUACACUUCAAAAUCUUACGUAUAUACUUUUUUCCCCCCACGCGAAAGUACAGUAAAA